CUCCCUCCCUUCACAAACACGGAAGCAGCAUGGCGGCCAACAGCAGCGGCGGCUCCGACAGGCAACGAGCUGCACAGCAAAGACUCAAAAUAAUCACCGGGCAUUUACAGAGACCCACAGAUUACCAGCCAGACAUUGCAGCAACCGAAUGUAAAGCUCCGGAAAGUAACCCCAGUGUCUCUAGCGGGGAGCGGACCGUGCCGAGGAGGAGGCAGGACAUUAUGAAAUGGAAUGGUUGGGGUUAUAGUGACUCAAGAUUUCUCUUUAACAAGAAAGGUCAAGCUGAAUUCACAGGCAAAAGAUAUAGACUAAGUGGUAUGAUCAUUCCUGGGCUCAAAGACUGGUUCGAAGGCACAUUUGGAGCAAGUCUUCAGCACAAAACUCCUGCAACACCCAUACUAAAUAGCACUGCUGUACACCCUGCAACUAUUAAUGAGGCCUUCGUGGAAGAAGUAAAAGCUACAUCUAUUCCUUUCUCAGUCGAAGUUGAGGACAGAGUGUUCCGUGCACAUGGACACUGCUUACAUGAGAUCUUUGCCCUGCGAGAAGGGAAGAUUGGCCGUGUUCCUGAUAUGGUAGUGUGGCCAAGCUGCCACAGUGAUGUUGUCAAAAUUGUAGAACUGGCUUGUAAACACAAUGUAUGUUUGAUACCAUAUGGAGGAGGGACAAGCGUCUCCAGUGCCCUUGAGUGCCCCCCAGAGGAAACCCGCUCUAUUGUGUCCUUGGACACUUCUCAGAUGAAUCGCAUCCUGUGGAUCGAUGAGAAAAACCUCACUGCCCAUGUAGAAGCUGGUAUUGUCGGUCAGGAUUUGGAAAGACUGCUUAAUGAGAGCGGUUACUGCACAGGGCACGAGCCUGACUCCAUGGAGUUUAGUUCCCUGGGAGGCUGGGUUGCUACCAGGGCAUCAGGCAUGAAGAAGAACAUCUAUGGCAAUAUUGAAGAUCUGGUGGUCCAUGUAAAGAUGGUGACCCCACGAGGUGUGAUAGAGAAGAGCUGUCAGGGCCCACGAAUGUCCACCGGCCCAGAUGUCCACCACUUCAUUAUGGGCUCUGAAGGAACCCUGGGUGUGGUUACCGAGGUUACAAUGAAAAUCAGGCCCAUGCCAGAGUAUCAGAAAUAUGGGUCAGUUGUAUUUCCCAAUUUUGAGCAAGGUGUCGCUUGUCUACGAGAGGUUGCCAAACAGAGGUGCGCUCCAGCUUCUAUACGGCUCAUGGAUAAUGAACAAUUUAAAUUUGGGCAUGCACUGAAACCCCAAGUAUCUUCAAUUUUCACAUCAUUUUUGGAUGGUUUGAAGAAAUUUUACAUCACAAAGUUCAAAGGCUUUGACCCCAACCGUCUGUGUGUGGCCACCCUGUUGUUUGAGGGAGAUCGUGAGAAGGUUCUGCAGCAUGAAAAACAAGUGUAUGACAUUGCUGCGAAAUUUGGGGGCCUGGCAGCUGGAGAGGACAAUGGGCAGAGGGGCUACAUGUUGACCUUCGUCAUCGCGUACCUUCGGGACUUGGGUAUGGAUUAUUAUGUGAUUGGAGAAUCCUUCGAAACCUCUGUGCCUUGGGACAGGGUCUUGGACAUUUGUCGAAAUGUGAAGGCUCGGAUCAUUCGAGAGUGUAAAGACAAAGGAGUGCAGUUUCCACCACUUUCCACCUGCAGGGUCACUCAGACUUAUGAUGCUGGUGCCUGUGUCUACUUCUAUUUUGCCUUCAACUACAGAGGACUCAGUGACCCAGUGCACGUGUAUGAACAAGUGGAGCAUGCAGCUCGAGAGGAGAUUCUUGCCAAUGGAGGGAGCUUGUCACAUCAUCAUGGAGUGGGGAAACUUCGGAAGGAGUGGAUGAGAGAGACGGUCUCUGAUGUGGGUCUAGGGAUGCUCAAAUCUGUGAAGGACUACGUCGAUCCCAAUAACAUCUUCGGCAGCAGGAACCUCCUUUAAUUUCAUUCUCCUGUCCAUCUUUGACUCACCUUUUCUAACCACAAGUAACAUUGUUGGAUACUAAAUGUGAUUUUAAAAUGGACAGAGACUUGUUCUGUUUCAUGAAAAUGUCAUUGGUGCCAUUUAUCGAUUCACCCAAACCUUUAUUUUAAACAAUAUUGCACUUAAUAUGCUGUAACAAUCAUGUUUAAAUAGAUACAUCUCUACUGUUGUCAUGGCCUUAGACUGUACAGAUAAUGUAAUGUCAUCAAGUUAUCUUUUACAUGACUGUGGCCAGAGUAAAACUCGACUGAUAAUGCAACAGUUCAGAUUAUUCACCUUUACUCGCAUUUAACUGUUACUUUACUCCUUGCCAAUAGUUACUGAAAGCACCUCAUCUUUAGUUCUAAAUUUCUGAUGUGUGUGUGGCACGUCUUUAGUGGUAACUUCUAUGAAUGCGCUCUCUAAAGCUCUGUGCCUUUCUAACAUAUUUGUUUGCUCCUUGUCCAUGUGUCUUUACCUGAGGUUUGUGUGCCCUGUUACACUGACCAACCUACUCUAGUGGACUGUGUGUAGCCCAAGUGCUGGACAGAUGUGUUCUUAGCCCCUCUGCCCACAGAAUUGUUACGCCCAUAUGUGCAUAGUUUUGUACCGAAACCCGUGUGGUUUGUUACUAACCAAGUGAAGUGGAAAAAGCCAUUCUGUUUUGAGUCCUGCCUGCUUCAGUGAGAGCCUGAGAGUAAAGGCCAGUGAUCCCGGUGCUCUGUUGUACCAAAGAUGUAGAGUAUGACCAAUCACUCUCGACCUGUAGGCUACAUAAGAACAUAUGCAAACUCCCUGAAUAUGUUUUUCUAUUUCAUCUGAUGAUAAAUGUGGUAAACGUUUCAUCACUGGUGUUCCCAGCUUUCUAGGCUUUUCUUUUUGUCUCUAAUUUGUAUGAAGAAUUAUUGCUACUUUUAUCUGAAUUGUAACAGCCAUUAGCCUAUGUAGGCCUCGUUUUCCACUUCUCUAACGAUGUAACAUCCAUUUUGUCAAAGCUGUUUGUGCAAUAAACAACUAAAACUCGUGUA